CAAACUUCUGGAGACUAAGGCUAAGACAAGCAGAAGAAGUGGGGCUGGAGGUGGAGUCUUUAUAAGUGACUGUGAUUCACUGCGUGGUAGAAAUAUAUACUGAAUCUGAACUUACUUCGUUUUAUAAACUUAGUACUCUCGUCUCGGUAAUCAGAGGUUGUAUACAUCCGUACCAGAAGUAAAAAUUAUAUUUUUAUACAACAAGUACCUUUCUUGGCACUAUAACUUUACCUUCCUUGCAACUGAAACUGUCUUUACCCCUUCCCCCCUAAUGUCAGAUGAACUUACCCCCAGAAUGGGUAGAUUAUUAUUAUUAUUAUUACCUUUAAGCCUCGUCUCAUCUCCAACCAUUGUAGGACAAUAAAACUCAACGCCACCCUUAGGAAACAACAUGAAAAAGAUUAAAACAAAAAUGAAGCUUCUCCUUGUAUAGCUUGCUAUACUCGUAUGGUCUUCGCUGCCUUCUUGGCACAACUUGUUCUGAGUUCUAGGCUCUGAAAGAUGUUACUUUUUUGAAAAAGACAACCUGGCCUUUGGUCUUCCACGGUCCACCUUAUUAUUAUUAUAGAACAUUUCGUAAGAAGGAUGUUGGAUUGGAUGGAUUGCAUGGCAUUGCAUGCAUUGCAUGAGCCGAGGGGGUCAGAGUGCGACCUUCUUAAGGGAGCGACACGGGAGCGAAGACUCAGGGCGCGGCAUAGGAGUACUUACUUGGCUCCGUUGUAGGCGUACUUGAAUAGUGCUGGCACGUACUAGCUAUUGUAAGUAGCUCGACUAGGCUAGCUUGCCUGCGAUCUCGACCGUCUUGCUCGCUGUUCCCUGGCGCACACAGGCCACGGCGUUUGCGCUGCUCCUUGCUUGUUUCUGGGGCGAGGUCACAGUGGGGCCGUGUUUGUGUUCGUGUAUCGUAAAGCAAUUCUUCGGCGGAGCAGCCCGGUACUGCGGAGGAAGUAUGGCGCCCGAAGGGCGCCGCGAAAAAUAUAUUGUUUUUUGGGUGGUCCAUCCAUGCAAUGCAUGCCAUCCAUGCCAUGCAAUCCAGAAGUUCGGAAAUUGCCUUAUAUUCUAUUAUUAUUAUUUUUACCUCCGAUGCCGAUCAUCAGUUCAUCUUCUUCGCCCACUCUUGACCAGAUAUGUCCGAUAAGGAUAGCGCGGUCGAAAAACAGGUCACAGCAAUGACGCAUCACGACGGUGCCUCACC